AUGCGUAUCCGCAUACCCAUAAAUCUGCUUUUCCUGAUACCUCUGGCGACCGCGAAAACCACAACUGUUACAACAGUCACGGAAUCGGCAGCCUCUCAACCAACUUCUACAUCAUACACCUCUGAUUCUCAAUUCCAAUCCGAUAUGAUCGCGGCGCAUAAUUUCUAUCGGGGAGAACAAAAUGUUAGUAACUUGGAGUGGAAUGAUACCAGUGCGAAAAUAGCGAAGGAAUGGUCGAAAGGUUGUGACUUUAAACAUUCUGGCGGACCGACAGGCGAAAAUCUAGCGGCCGGCUAUCCCAACGCGACCUCAUCCGUCGACGCUUGGGGUCUCGAACGCCUCAAAUAUUCGUACUCCUCUCCAGGUUUUAGCGAAGAUACAGGUCACUUUACACAAUUAGUCUGGUCAAACACCACAUCUGUCGGUUGCGCGCGCACCAAUUGUGCAGGGGAAAAUGAUACGCCGGGAUGGUAUGUAGUGUGUGAGUAUUGGCCAGCGGGGAAUGUUGUAAAUGGGGGGAAGGGGGAUAAAGAGGAAUUUUUUAGAGACAAUGUGAAAGAGCAGGUUAAAGGGGAAGCGAGUGAUACGGUGGAGAGUGGAGUUACGAGUGUGGGAAGUAGUAUUGCGGGAGGUAGUGUGGUGGGGUGGAGGGGGAGGGAAGGAGAAUUGAGAUGGGGUGUUUUGAUGGGAGUUGUGGCUGUAGGAGCUGCGGGGUUAAUGUUUUAA